AUGAGGGCCAUCCUCAUCGCAGCCGCGCUGGUCCUGCUGUGCCAGUCAUGCAUCAGGGCAGAGGACUCCGGUGACAAGCAGUUCACCUCUAGGGCUGCCGAGGAGAUCAUCCAGGGCAACAUCGAGACCGCCACAAAGAGGGUGCUUGAUUUAAUAAACAAGCCCACCCCCAAGCCUCAGGAGACCACAACCCCUGAGGGCACGACCACUGCGGGGUCUUUAACGACCCUGCCACCCCCCAGCACGAAGACCCCUAACUACCUCAACCCCAUUGUCAGCGCCACAACGGCCAACAAAUACCAGCCUUUUGUGGAGCAGGCCGGGUCUCCGGGAAUUUUCCCGUCACCUAAUAGCCCAGCCUUCAACCUCGGCCCGGGCACUAGUCGCUAUCUCGUUAUCGGAGAUUGGGGCCGCAUUGGGAGCGCCCAGAGUUUGGGUUUGGACCAGUGCAGCGCCAAGGACUAUGGUGGCAACAACGAUGUCCAGGGUGCGCUGCAGCAGACGGAGACUGCCCUGCUGGCGGAUCAGGUGUGUGGGCUUCUGGGCGGCUGCCAGGCAGUCAUCGGCACCGGAGACAACUUCUACCAGUGUGGUGUAUACCCCGGAGACACCACCAACCGCUUCCAGUCAGACUGGUCUCAGAUCUAUCAGACUCCCAAGACACCGAACCUGCAGGGCCUGACAUGGUACCAGACCUUUGGCAAUCACGACAUGGUCAUCACUGGCAGUGUGGAGGCUCAGAUCGACUACAGCAAGACGGAUCCCAAGUGGCAGAUUCCCAGCAACUACUUCCUUGUGGACCUCCCCACCACAGCGGGAGGCCCCAAGAUCCGCGCAUUCUUCAUCGACGCAAACCCCUUCAUUGCCAGCUACAACGUCACGGGCCAGAAGUACAACAAGGCGUACUACAAGGCACACCUGAAUGCGACAUACAUUGAUGGCCAGAUCGCAUGGCUGCAGUCCAACCUGGCAUCAUCCACUGCUGACUACAACAUUGUUGUGGGACACUACCCGCUGUUUGGCUCGGCCACGCAGUACGGAUUUGACCAGACUGGCAAGGCAACCUCCCCUUACCCAGGCAACUUCAACGCAUGGCAGAAGCUGCUGACGACCAUCUACGACAACAAGGCGACCGCUUACAUGAACGGCCACGAUCACGUCAUGACAGCUGGCAACCCCAACCAGCCGGGCGCCCCAAUUCCUUACAAUGGCCACACCGUCUUCCUGACCUCCGGGGCCGGAUCAUGGGGCGAGCCUGCCGACAGCUGUGGACCGGCAAACAGCAAUUACUACACAAACGGAGGCAACGGAGGCUUCAUCAUUGUGAGCGCAAACGCGACCACCUUCCAGUCAGACUUCUUCGUGCUCGGCUCGCUCUUCUCCCAGAGUCCAGUGGAUGAUGCACGAGCAGAGCUGUUAGAAGCAAUAAGAGGAGGCAGCACCGAUCUGCAGCAAGUGAGCAGCAUCGUGGACAUCUUGCUGGAAUCGAACCUGCCCUUUAGGGAGCAACUGCUGGGCGGGGGACCCUGGCAGGUUGUGUACUCUAGGGGACCGCUGCUUUGGCAGGGAUUCACUUUGGCAGGCAAUGCGCUGUCCAAGCGCAGGAUUGGCCGGUCCAGAAACAAGGCCUCACAGGACUAUAACCCGGCAGACCGCAGCGUGAUCAACAGGGGGGAGAUAUUUGGGGAGGGCGUCUGCGUCACUGCCAGCGGCUCCUAUGAACCCGUGGGGGAGACAGACAGGAUGCCGGUGCUAGUGAAAGCGGAGAUAGAGGGGGGGCAGCUGCGCGCGUUUGGGAAAGUGCUGCCGCUGCCGAUCCGGGGGUCCGGGUUUGUGCGCAUUGCGUAUCUGGACGACUGCAUCCGCGUGCUUCAGGACCGGCGCGGCGGCGUGGCCGUGCAGAUGAGAGAAGACCGGCUUCGGCAGAUCAUUGGGGACAGCGAUUGA